ACGUCCUGAUAUAACACGAUGCAAUAAUAAACUCAUUUUUGUAACAAAUUCACAAAACUUAUCAUGUCUCCACACACCCGUGCAACAUUUAACAUUCCAUCACAACGAUAAAGAAUUUAGCAAAAUUGUAUUAUUCUGACUGGCUGGACACCAAAAAAUAUUGACUCAAAAUUGGUGCUGAAAGUGGCAACACCAACUUUUUGUUACCAGUAACAUUCUUUUAUUACUCGCAUCAUGUUUUUGAAUCAAUAUAAUUGUAUUUAGUGUUGUUCACAAAAAUAUUGUGAGCAACAAAAAGAUACUCUGGCCAUAAAAAAAAGAAAUUAACAAGACAUAUUUGUAAUCCGUAGCAGUUUUGUUAGCACCAUUAAUAUACAAAAAUCAAAUCGAUUUUAUUUUAUAUGUUGUCACUGGUAACAACAGUUAAGAAUAACAAAACAUGUUGUGAGUAAACUACCAUGGUGACACAGAUUUACAUUUUUAGGCGAAGGUAAUUAACGUAAAUUUGUUAUUAAUGCUGAAUGUUUUACUUGUAUCAAGUUGUUGACUCAUAAUUUAUGACACAUUCCUGAUUUAGCAACAUCAAAUGAUUUUAAUAAAAAAUAGCAAAGUUAUGGUUUGUACGAGAAAGACCAACACUCUACAAACAAGUUUUAUAAAUACACAGAGAAAAAGUGGAAAAAUUCUCACACUAUACUCCCAGCGGAAAAUGUUCUUUGACGCAAGAAAAAUUUAUUGUGGGUGAAAGGAAUUACGAUUUAAUAGAACUGCUCAAUUGCAACGUUCUGAUGGGUGUGAGAUAAAUACUUCACACUUAUAAUUAAUGCUAACUUUUGUGUGAAGUUUAUUGCUUUCAACACGGUUCAAUUAGCGAAUCACUUAAUUAAUCCCAGAAUGUCAUCCAAACAAACAUUGGUGAUAUUGAGAUAAAUAUGUAUAUUUGUCACAAAAAUUCAUUACUUCAUCAACAAAUUAAAAGAGACAGGUUGAACCGGAGAAAAAAGAGAUGUUGAGAAACUUUGUUUUCAUUCUGUUUGCGUCAAAUGCUUUGGGCUCGGUUUGGCAUAAAUCAUUAGACAAAGAACUGAAGAUAUUGGACUUGUCCCAAUGCCAAGUUCAACUUGAACCAGUAGGUUGUUAUGCCGAUGAGAGGGGUCAAAGGGCAUUCUCUAAAGAAGUUGUAAAUGGUCGAGAUUCAGCGAGCUUAGUAGAACUUCUCCCACUUAUUCAAUGGCAAAAUUUUAACCAUUUUCUUGCCAAUUUUAUAUGCGAGUGUGCCAAAAGGGCUGUAGCUGAGAACAGAGGAAGUCAUAUUGGCGUGCAAUUCUAUGGAGAGUGCUGGAGUGGAAACAAAGGAGAUGGUCUAAAGAACAUUGUUAUCCCCUAUGAUAAACAUGGAAAGUCGAAUAAAUGUGUCGAUGGAGAUUACAACCCGUUCACCACAGCUAAAUCAUGCCAAGUAUACACAGGACAAGAUAAAGCUAACUUCGUUUAUAAAAUUACGAAAUAUGCUUCGGAAGGUUGUCCUGUAUAUUUUGAAUCGAAAGGUUGCUAUAAAGAUUUGCAAAAGGAACCUAGACCUUUACCGGAAUAUCUCUUCAAUGAGCGUGAUCUUACCAUUUCUAAUUGGAAUGGAAGAAUGAUUGAUUGGCAAAACUGGGACUCAUACUUAACUGGAUUAAUGUGCCGUUGUGCUAAAGCUGCAAAGAAAGCUGGUUUUCUGUAUUUUGGAAUACAAUUUUAUGGCGAAUGCUGGGCAGGAAAUAAUCCCAUUGAAAUGACAAAAGACAAGGAAGGAACAGACAUGGAUUGCGUUCAAUCUCCUGGUAGCCCAGAAUUCGGAAAAGUAUGCCCAAAAGAUGAAGAGGUGAAGGAAAAGAAACAAUGUCUACCUGUACCAUGUGCUGGUGCUCCGAAGGCUAACAAAAUAUAUAUGCUUAAACAAGGGCCGUUGGCAUGUUUAAGCGACCCUUGUAAGAAUGGUGGAACAUGUAUUUCAAAUGGAAUUAACCACUUUCAAUGUGAAUGCCCUACUGGUUACAGUGGACUCGAUUGUGGAGACGUUUAGACCGGAAAUAUGCUUUAUAAAUUGGAACCGAAAAACCCAAGAAGAAUCAGAUAUCUCUUUUUUUCAAUAUCUGUUACUUUAGUUUUUUGUCUAGGUUGUCAGACAUUUUAAUGAAGAUUGUUAGUUUGUUAAAAUAUUUUCAAGUUUAACAUUUCUUUAUAUAAUAUUUUCUCUAAGUGAAAGGAAAAAUUCCUGAUUGUAUUAACUUUGGAAUUAGACAAUAAUUUAAAAAUAAUGGCGAUAGGGUAUUUCUCAAAUAUUAAUAUAUCAACAUCGUUUGGUAUAUUUCACAUAAAUAUAAGCCUGUUUGCAUAAUAUGUAAAUAUGUAUCCACAUUUUCAUAGCUAACUACUGUCUCCAAAAACAUUCAGAUGGUUGGCGUCAAGUUUCUAAGUUCAAUUCUCUGUUUUUUGUUAUUUUUAAUGUUUAUAACGAACGAAAAAUUUUAAUACGAGUUUGCUAAGUAGCGACAUUUAAUUUAUUUUCAGUAUGAUG